AUGGUCAAAGCUGUUGCGAUUUUAAAGGGUGCUAAGGUCUCCGGUAUUGUCAAGUUCGAACAAACUGCUGAAAACGAACCAACUACCAUCUCUUACGAAAUCACCGGCCAUGAUCCAAAUGCUUUAAGGGGUUUCCACAUCCAUGAAUGGGGUGACUUAACCAAUGGUUGUACCACAGCUGGCCCACACUAUAAUCCAUUCAAACAAACCCACGGUAGUCCAACUGCUAAAGUUAGACACGUUGGUGAUAUGGGUAACAUCCAAACUGAUGCCAACGGUACUGCCAAAGGUACUUUGACUGACAAUUUGAUCAAGUUGAUGGGUCCAACUAGUGUCAUUGGUAGAGCUGUUGUCGUACAUAAUGGUCAAGAUGACUUGGGUAAAGGCGGUGACGAAGAAUCUCUAAAGACUGGUAAUGCUGGUGCAAGAGCUGCCUGUGGUGUUAUUGGUUUGGCUCAAGGUUAA